UGACAGCGGCACCAGGAACCGGCCCGGAGUCCCAGACUCCGGGACCUUGCCCCUUCCUUAACGUCCUCCUUCACCUUAUAAAAGGUAAAUGGCGACCCCCGCGUUACUUUAGUGCAGUGUCUUCCAUCCAUAAACAUGUUGUCUUUUAGAUACGUGGCUGUGUUUGCUUUAUUGGCUGUAGCUUUUGGUCAAGAUUUCGACUAUGAUUCUUCACCUCCAAGACCGGCUCCCCACCGCGUGAAACCAAGUUAUUCCGGACCAACAGCAGCUCCAAGACCAACACCCGUGCCAAUCCUGAAACAAAUUAACAGACACAAUGAAGACGGUUCCUACACUUAUGGUUACGAAGGUGCUGAUGGUUCCUUUAAAAUCGAAACCAAACUCCCCACCGGAGAAGUCAAAGGCAAAUACGGCUACGUGGACGACACUGGCAAAGUCCGCGUCGUAGAAUACGGUGCCACCAAAUACGGUUUUGAACCAGCUGGUGAAGGCAUCACCGUAGCUCCCCCAACCCUCGUCGACGAAACCACCAACAAAGACGGAACUUUCAACCCCGAAUACACUGGAGCUUACUACGACGACCAACCCCAAAGUCCUUCCAGAUCCGCCCCCGCGCCACGCCCCCAAAUCCAACCCCAAUUUGAGUUCUCCGGACCCCAGCAAUUCAGUCCAGCUCCCCAAAGAAACGCUGCUCCCGUACCCCCAAGAGCUCAAAUACCUGGAGCCUCCCCUGUAACCACCCACAACUUCGAAUUCGGGCCUUCGCCCCGCCCAGUUGCUAAAAGUUACGCCCCAGCGGCGAGAAGCUACGCUCCUGCCACUAGACCAGCCCCAAGACCCGCCCCAGUGUCCUACGCUAGACCCGCCCCAAUUGAGGAAGAUUUUGGCGAACCAGAACAAGCUCCGAUUAGAACCCAACCUAGAAUUACCUACGCCCAACCUGCUCAACCUCAAAGGAACCAUAUCUCCGAACCACAGUUUGCCCCAGCUGCCAGACCUGCACCCCAAUACGCCCCCAGACCACAACCCUCUCCUGUAGGACGUUCCGGGGGAAUUUUAGAUCAACUUUCGAAAGAUUAUGCCCUUCCACAAGGCGGGGCGGCCCCAUUACACGAUAUUAGUUUUGGAUAUUAUUAAAUCUAGUUGCCAAACAUAAUGAUACAUCAUAUUGUCACAUUUUCUAAACAAAUUAAUUUUUUCUUUUUUUGCAUAUUAUGAUAUGAUGUAUUAUUAUUUAUUUAAAAUUAUAAAUAAAACAUAAUUUUCGGGACAAACUAGUCCUGUGGCUGGACAAACCCAGUUGAUAUUCAACUGUUUUUACUAGUAAAAAGACGAUCUUGUUUCCUACGAUAACGUGAUUAUUGUCUAUUUUUGACUAUCCUGUAUAUAAUGACUGUGUUUGUCAAAUUGUUAAUAACCAGUGACGUAAAUCAAUGACAAAAAAUUUUGAGGCAGGAUAUGUAUAAAGUUAGUCUAAGAUUCGUAAAAAUUGCUCAAAUUGAAAUUAAUCGUUUAUCUUUUAUAAAUAUUGUUUUUCUAUUGUAAAUGUAGAGCUAUGGAAUUGUUUAAUCAGUAAUUACAUUCAAAAGUGUAAUUCAUUUGUUGUAUUAUGUAAAGACAAUUUUAAAUAAAAAAUAUUUUCUACCACA